AGCAGCCAUUCAUCGGCCCUUGUAGCCAAACCCGCCGCGCCCCAAUUGCUCGUUCUCCAAUGCACAUCUUGCAUUCUCUCCUGCGCAAAUGCUUUGGCUCUAGCUAAGCUUCCCCCCCUUUUCUCUUUUUUGCCCUUUGCCAUUUAUGCUUUGCUCGUGAAUUCCACUCAGCCAACGACGAGAGAUUCGCCGACCUUGAGACAGUCUCUCGCCACUGAUGACGGCAUUGAACAAUCGCGGCGCAUCUCUAUAGAGAAUACAGAGGACCGAGCAGAGCACUCCAACACACAUUCGUCGGCGGCCGAGGCCCUGCGUUUAGACGUCAUGGUCCGCUACGAAGUCUUCGACGCUCGGGAGCUGCUGUCAUUUCCCGACGGCGACAACAGCACGGAUACCGUCUUCGGGGGCAUCCAUUUCAACCUCACGACGCUGAAGCACUGGAACUACACCUACUACAGCAAUGGCACCUUAUCCAACAACUCCAAGUGCUAUCUGACGUAUGAGCCGUACCAGCCCGUUCUGCUUUACACCAAUGGAAGCUUCAUCAACGCCACCAAAUGCUACAGCGCCGUGGACCCAAUCGGUGUCCGAGGCUACGUGGGAAUUGGCUUUGCGGCCAUGUUUGCCAUUGCUCUGAUGCUUACGCUCACUACCCUGGCCAAGCAUGGCAAGAUGUACCUACCCAAGGAGAAGCGCUUCUAUCCCAUAGGUCGACGUUGGCAGUGGUAUUGGGGGUGCUUUGUCUGCGCAUGCGCUCUGGUCAGCUUGUUCACAAAUAUCGACAUCGAUCGUUAUCACGUCCAGGAACUGCCAAUCGUUGUCACGUCAUUCUUCUGGUUCCUCAUUUGCCAAGGAACAGUAGCACUGGUCUGGGAGUCGGUCAGACAUUGGGGGAGCUGGCAAGAGAGGCAAUUCGUUGACCCCAACCCCUUCGUAUAUCGAACCGACGACCGGCGCGCCAAAGUAGAGUUUUAUCUGCCAUUAUGGGUUUAUUUCUGGAUAUGGAUGAAUUUCUUCCUCGUUGUGCCUCGCAGCUGGACGUUCGUGGAAAUGCAGCGAUCCCCUGAACAAACUCUAGCCAAGGCCAUCCCUACUGCCACAGGAGCACGAUUCAAAGCUGGAGCCUUUUGUCUAGUUAUUGCUUCACUUACCAUCAUCUACUCGUUGCGCCACUCCAUCUAUCACUACAAGCCACGGAACCGUGGAAUAUUCAACCGAACAUGGGGCUUCAUCAAGGCAGUUCCGCUACGUUUUGUCCUCACCAUCCCUCUUUGCUUUGCCCUCGUCGCCUACCAGGUACUUAUUUCGUUUGAUUGGACAUUCUCGGUUAUGCGAUACGGUGGAAUUGUACCCGUCAUAUUUGCCUGGGGCUAUGGCCCCUCUCUGCUUAUCCUCUUUGUGCAAAUUAUAUAUGGUUUCGCGAGCCCCAACGAAGAUAAAGCCCUCAUCUCGCAGAGGCGUCAGCGAGGUGAGGUCAUCGACCAGGAGCUUGGCAUCGUUAAGAAGCCAGCAUGGUGGAGGCGUGUUCGAGGCGAACAUCUUUACACCCUGCGAGACAAGAUUUCACAAAAUGUCAACGAAAUUGGAGGCAAACGUGGACUCAAAGCCCGGUUUGAAGACGGCGAGAGAGAGCCACCUCUAGGAGGUGAUUUUGUCACUCACCCAAGUGAUAACACCACCAUCGAGAUGAAUAGUUUGUCUCACAACCCUCGGGUUGAUAGGGCUGGCGUAGGGAAUUUGUCAUCCACAAGCGAGUCGCAUCGCUAUACGGGAAAAUCUGAUCGCCGACACAACGAGCGGAUUGUUGAAGGCUUUUCCGACGUGAUUUUCCCCAACAGUGCAGAAGCUGAGAGACAGGCUCAGAGGGCACGGUGGAUUCACGAGAUAUCGCAAGAUGGUCCUCCGUCCUAUAGCGAUACAGAUCGGGGCCGCCCUACCCGACAUGAUGGGCCAAAUAAUGCGCAAAGGAACGACAGUACAGAUACUACCAACUCCACUGCCGCUCCACCACAGCAAGUUAGAAGCAUGCUAGAUGUUUAACGACCACGACCCAUUACUGCAUAAUUAAUCCUGUUUAUGAGUACUUUCGAAAGAUGACUAGAGUGAUGUAUGACGAUAAAUGAACGGUCUGACGAUACGAAUACGGCAUAUCGGACUAGGUGUUAGGGGAACUAUGCGUUAUUUGAGCUAGGAAAUGGACCCUUUAACAUUAUAUUUGUAUGAAAGCCGUAGAUUAGAUCUCACGGAAUGAAACCUUGAAUCAAAUACUACUGCGAGUGCCUGAGCAGGGGUCUGGGAUUUACUACAAGUCCCAUAUUCGCAUCUUAAACAAAG